UUGUGCCACCCACGCUAGUCUACUCAAUACAAGUGCGAACGCGGAGUUCAUCAGUUGCUUUCAGUUGCCUUCAAGGAGUCUGCGGCUACUGUCGAAACACUUCUGCAAACUCUUUUCCGUAUCCGCCAAAAAUGUAUUUUCCGAGCGUGAUCUUGAUUCUCACUUUACUUGGAAGUGUGAGUUUGCAUCUUACGGAGAUUGAUUUCAACAGAAUACGACAACUACCGAACGAGUUUUCGCCUACAUACAAUUCAAACAACAGAAGGUCUAUAGCUCACAAUUUAUAUAGCAAAAAGAAUUACGACCACUAUAAAAACUACGACUUACAUUCCCAAAAACAAACAAUGGAAAACGAAGUCAUUCAGACACAUCAACCAAGGGAAGACCCAAGGCUUUUCUAUCAAACCGAUAGUUAUCUUAGAGAAGUUCAGGAUCAUAACCAUGAAGUCACUUAUAUUUACCCGGGACGGGAGGUCAUCAAUGCUGAAGAGGAAUAUAUACGACCUCGGCGUCUCAGGAAAAUGGUUAAAAGCUUAACAUUAAAUUCAGAUGACCGCAGUCUAUGUAUGCAAUGUCCGCAUGAUAGAACGUUAAUAGCAAAAGCAGGCUUAGAUAAAGUUGUUCUACAAAGUCCAAGUCUCUUGUCAUGUAACGGAAGGACUGCAUCCCGAGAAAUUCGGUUUGUUACUAUGUAUGGACCAAAUUUUGGUGCCCUACUACAUCAAGGCUCUUACGUUAUAGUAGGAAAAAUAAUGUACAAUAGACAAGUACUGCAAAUGUGUAAAAUGCAAGUACACGUAAUUCUCCAGUCUUCACGUAAAUGUCCACUUCCGAAUAGUUUACAAGCGCAUUGUAAUAAUGAUUAUGAAUGCAGUUUUACCUGCCAAGACCCUAACUUAGACUUGCAAGGACCUCGAGCUCUUGUUUGUGACAAAGAUUUAAACUGGGAAGGCAAUCUUCCAAUAUGUAAAGGUCGGAAAUGGUGUGUGCCCCAGGAGCCACCAGAGCAUGGUAGAAUAAGCUGUAAGGGCAUUUCAGCAGAUAAUGGGCCAGGUUUAUCAGAGGGUUCAAGGUGCAGAGUACGUUGCAGGUUAGGGUGGAAGGCUAAAAAUACAGUAGCAGUUUGCCGACGUGGAUCUUGGAACCAUGAACUAGCGUGUCAACCACGACAAAAAAAUACUGUGUAAAAUCUUACAUAUGGAAAGAAAGAAAUAAUAUUUUAUUAUUCUUGAUCAUUAUAACUAACAAAUUGUUUUAUUAUCUGCUAGCGCCCGCCCCACUUAGGAAAAUGGUAGAACAACGACAUUUAAAAAAUCGUUUUUACUAUGUUGCUAUUGUCGCACUUCAACCGUUUAAAAUUAAUUUCUUUCAAAAAUAUGUAGGAAUAGUUAUAAAGUGUAAUAAUACAUUUUAAAAAGCCCAUGGAAUGCAGAUUUUAAAAUUAACAAAUAAAACUAGUAGGUUUUAUGAUGAUAUGUAUAUUAAGGAAAUUGAACAGUAAGUGAAGAAAAAAAACACAGCUUUCUAAUUUCGUCGAGACUUUUGACAGUUGCGGAUGUCUCCCGGUACUUUAUAUUUUAUUUUGUUUUGUAGCGUAGAUAUUCAAUAAUGAAAUUUAUUAAAAUGAAAUGGGGAUACGUGCGGUUUCGGAAGUUAUCGCAAAAGUAUGAUACAAGUAAGGAAACAGUAACCCUCUAUUUAUAUUGUGGUUUCUAAAGUUGAACUAUGUAAUUAAUUAAUUUUUUGCGCUUAUUUAUUGAUAACGGUACGUUUAAUAUUCAUUUUGCACUCAUUUCGCGGUAUAAUUCACACAUUAAUAUACAUAUUUUUUCAAGUACUAAGUAUAAAUUUUACAAAAUUUGAAAAGCUUAAAUAUUUUAUGAAAUAAAUAUCAGUAAUCAUACCUUUUAAUUACUUAUUAAAAUAGGUAUGAUCUUUAUUAUUGUUGCUUUAUAAUAAAGUAAUAAAAACUUUUUAUUCACUACUACUACUAAGGAAAU